CCAUAUUGGUUGUCCGUCGCUGUCACGCUAGCCGUCGUGUUCAUGUGGGCGUGAAGAGGUCAUAACACUAAGCGAUACCCAGUUGGAUCCGUCCUGCGUUGAAGUUUUGCAGAUUAUCACCAGGACACUUAUCAGAUAUUCGAAACACCGAAAUGCCUCCUGAUAUCGGUGAGCACUGGGAACAACCCUUCGCCAUUAGUCGAGCUCCUUCUCAGGGCUCUAGCACCGCCUCCCAGACAACCCAGCUUGUGCCCCAGAGCCGUCCUGGUACAGCCGAUCCCAUGAGGUCGCGAUCUAAUACCGUGGCCUCCAAAGGCGCUCGUCGUCCAAGGUCGAGAGGUUCGACGGCUAGCAUCCAUUCCAGCACCACACAACAAACACAAGACCAAAAUAUCGCGGAUGGAUUUCCUCAGUUCAUCCAGGCUCAACCCCCCCAAAGUCACCAUGUUUUUGGUGCCAAUCCUGAGGAGAUGAUAAUGCGUUUUGGUCAGCAGCUGGCUCAUUCAGCCAAUAAUGCUGGCCUUGACGCUUCUCUGCAUGAAGCCCACAACUCCAUGAUGCCACGUCCAGAGGAUUUCCAAGGACAAUCGAUGCAUGCCCAUACACUGGCUCAUCAUUCGUUGCCACCGGAGCUGGCGGCGCAUGGCAUGUCUGGGGUUCAUAUGCCACAGUAUCAUCCGAUGUACGAUGGGGGCAUGGAAAACCACAUCCCGGACCAUAUCGUCGAUGAGAACGACACCUCUGAAGCUGGAGCUCGAAAGAAGAGAGGAUCCAGCUCGACAGUUGCGAAUGAUAACGAGCUGCGUAAGCUUCUUCGUCAGUAUGAAGGUUACUCUCUGAAGCAAAUGGCGGCAGAGGUCCAGAAACAUGAAGGUGCUGGAGGCAAGUCAGAGAAGGUCAAGCAAGUAUUUGCCAUGGUCUGGCUGAAGGAGAAUUGCCGGAAGAGCAGUGGUUCUGUGCGACGCGAUCGUGUAUACUGCUGCUAUGCUGAGAAGUGUGGAAGUGAACGCGUCUCUGUACUGAAUCCCGCCUCUUUUGGAAAGCUUGUACGCAUUAUUUUCCCCAACGUGCAGACUCGACGUCUUGGUGUCCGUGGAGAAUCGAAAUACCACUAUGUGGAUCUCUCUGUCAUUGAAGAGAAACAGCAGCAACAUUCGACGGCUCCGAACCCUCAAGGACUAGCAAACGUUCCCGGCACUGUCGGUGGUAUGGACGGAAAAGCAAACGAAUUGUCAGCACGUCCAAGGAGUAUUAGUAUCCCGCAGCCACCUGCAGAUACCGCAGUGUUCCCUUCUCCAACGACAUCAUUCACACCGAAGUUCACCGCAGCUGGUUCAUCAUCCUCGGGCUGCCCAUGCCAGCCUCCGUUCCGCUCUACUCUCGAAUCCGCUAUUACCCUAGAGAACGUGUCUGGCCAGACUGCCAAGAUGAUACGCCAGAUGCUGCAGUUUCCUGAUGGCGACUCUGCCGCAGUCGACAACGAGUCUCUUCAGCUCCCCGACGUUCGCGGAUAUCUACCAGCAAACACCGAUGUCAAGGUAGCGGCCGCUCUUGCAGCUCUCUACCGGUCUCACUGUAUUUCUGUUAUCGAUAGUUUCCGAUUCUGCAAGGAACGGAAUCUGUUUCGAUACUUCUCUGCCUUCCAUGGCACAUUAACCGUCCCAGUCCAGAAGCUCCUGACUCACCCAAACCUCGCUCCAUGGAUCAAGGAAUGCGACUGGCUUAUGUACCAGAAGAUGAUCGCGUUCAUCGCCCCGCUCACAACGCAAGUUGUGCCAAAGCCGGUUUUAGACGCGUUCAGUUCUAUUUCGCAGCGGCUGACCGUACACAUUGCUGAGACCUUCAAGGCGCAGCCAGUCCAUGUGUCGCUGGCCAGAUUGGUUCCCGCUCAUAUCUUUUGCAACCUCCUGAAACAUAUGCUUGACGUCAAUCAGUCGGCUAAUGCAGCAGCAGCUUGGCUCUGCCAUCCAGAUAACAGAAACCAGAUGUGGUUGGACUUUGCAUCUCUCGUUGACCCUAAGGAGGUCAUUGCAAGAGCCAACAUUCCCAGUUGUGCAGAGCGCUCACUGGAACAGAUCCUCAAACAUGACGUCCGAGCCCUUCUUACCCCUCUGAGUGAAGAGAUUGUCCCAGCUCAACCCUUUUACAACCAGCCGGAUAGAGAAGAGGAUAUCAAUGCGCAUAAAUUCGCUGUUCAGCCUACUGUGGGUGAUGGGUACAACUUCCCUGACAAGUGGAUAUCUUUCAUCUUGAAUAUACCUCUGGCUUUCCCUAAUCAUCGCGCUCAAUGCAUAGUCGAUAAAGUGGAUGCGCUAUGGGAUGUUAUCCUCCAUAGAUUGACUCUGGGAGGCGCACAGAGCUUCAGCGCUUGGUGGAUGACAAAGGUCUUCUUCCACGAGAUGAUGCUGUGGCAGGUGGAGAAAGGUGGUUUCAUGAAAUGCACGCCGAGCUCACUGCUGAAUGUAUCCCUUGGUAGUGAGAGAGCUUCCUUCAAUCACCAGCAAGCCAGGUCUUCUAGCUUCUCGGGUCCCGUGAAAAACGAGUCCUUCAUGUCAACAGAUAUGACCCAGAACGAUUUGAGAUCGAGAACAACGUGCAGUCCUCACGCUAACAACGGUACUCAAGGCGAUAAGGACCUGGGAAACACGCAAUAUGAUCACUCGAAUAAUGCGAAUAUCGUGAACGACAAGCCCGGUGUCCCUGAUGGGAUUGCUGCCCUUCAGGCUAUGAAUAAUGAUGACAGUGCUAUCGACCUUGGCGACGACUCUAUGUUGAUGACUGUUGGCAAGUACGGCGACAUGAUGGCUUCAGACCCAGCCGAUGCUGAGGGCGAUGUUGUCGUCAUAUAAUCUACUCACGCCUUGGUAUCAUAUCUGCAUUAUCUCAUCUCUUCUCUUUAGCAAAGGAAAAAGUUCUGGUUUGGUUUGCUUUUAUGAGGAGUUGGUUUUCUAUUUGGCGCAUUUUUGGGAUCCGGCGAAAGGUUCUUAUUCUCAUCGACGAAGAAAUGGACGCUAAGCAUCAACGACCUGCACGAGGCAUGAUGAACGAGCACGAUUUUGAAAGUGGUCAAUGGAAACGAUAGCGGUUGGAUCAGCCAGCCAUUACGCGUCUAAUAAGGAGGUGGAAGUCUUUGUUUUUUUUUCCCUUCACCCUUCAACAUCUAGAGCCCGCUCUCGUCCCUGUACAUAUGGAUUUGGAUUAGUCGUGGCGCGCAGCAGCUUCCAAUGGCUCUCUUGACGAAUUUCUUUCUGCGACGGCCUCAUUUC